AUGUCGAAACAUCGUCUUGAAGACGCCGAAGUAGAGGUUGCAGCCCUCCCGCGCAAGAAAUCUAAGAAGGAAAAGAAGGACAAGAAAGAUCGCAAGGAGAAGUCACAAGAGGCGGACUCGGUCGCUCCAACUCUAGCAGAUCCAGCCGUAGAACCGAUAACACCAGAAGUCGACGGGGAAAAAACGAAGACGAAGACGAAGAAAGAAAAGAAGGACAAGAAAAAGGAAAAGAGAGAAAAGAGAAAAGCAGAGAAGAAUAGCAGCGAGGGCGAAGCUAUUGAUGAACCAAAAGACGAGAAUACCGCCGAGCAAGAUGUGGCAAACGGGUCUCGCGACGAUGUAGACGCAGACCGCAAAUCUAAAAAGGAGAAAAAGGACAGGAAGAAAAAGCGCAAGACUGAGGAGCUAGAGGCCAACGGCGUCAAUGGCAAUUCCAACGGCUCUGCGGACAGUACUGCAAAUAGAGUCGCCGAUGCCUCGAUCGCUUCCGGCACAUCACAGACGUACGAGCAGAGCGCGGCGCUUUCUGCCGUGUCCGAGUCUGAUAUCGCGGCCUUCCUUAGCACGCAUGAGAUUACUGUCACCGACCCGCUCUCCGACAAGCCUUUCCGGCCCAUCAUCGAAUUCUCUCACCUGCCCUCCUCGGCUCUGAUCGCCAAAACCCCUUUCGCAUCUUUCAAAGCUCCGACGCCUAUCCAAGCGGCCUCUUGGCCUUUUGGGCUCUCGGGUCGCGACAUCGUCGGCGUGGCGGAGACGGGAUCGGGCAAGACCAUCGCCUUCGGCCUGCCGCUCAUAUCUGCCGUGCUAGGAAUGCCCAAGUCCAAGGGCAGCGGCAAUAUACGCGCGGUCGUAGUAUCUCCCACGCGAGAGUUGGCAAUGCAGACCAACGAGCAGCUAGCGAAGCUCGGCGAUCUCGUAGGCUUGAAGACGGUUUGUAUAUACGGCGGCGCGUCCAAAGAUGAUCAGAGAGUAUUACUACGCAAGGCGGACGUUGUAGUUGCGACUCCUGGUCGGUUAAAGGAUUUCCUGGAAGAGGGUUCUGCCAAGCUCGGCGAGGCUAAAUUCGUCGUGCUAGACGAAGCCGACCGCAUGCUAGAUAAGGGGUUCGAAGACGACAUCAAGAGGAUCAUCGGAUGUACGCCUAGGAAGGAGGAUCGCCAGACGCUCAUGUUCACGGCAACGUGGCCGCAGAGUGUGAAGGCUCUCGCAUCCACCUUCAUGGUAUCACCAGUCAAGAUCCAGAUAGGCGGAAACGCGAGCGGCGACCUGCAAGCAAACAUAAGGAUUGAGCAGCGCGUCGAAGUUAUAGAUCCCCGGGGCAAGGAAACUAGGCUGUUGCAGCUGCUCAAGGCGCAGCCCAAGAACGAGCGAGUCUUAGUCUUCUGCUUAUACAAGAAGGAGGCCACUCGGGUCGAAGGCUUCCUGCUGCAGCGCGGCAUCAAGGUUGUCGGCAUACACGGCGAUCUCAAACAAGAGCAGAGGACGCGAAGUCUCGAGGCUUUCAAGACGGGACAGACUCCUGUUCUGGUCGCUACGGAUGUUGCCGCCCGCGGUCUAGACAUUCCCGAGGUGAAGCUGGUAAUUAAUGUCACGUUCCCUCUUACUAUCGAAGACUACGUCCACCGUAUCGGGCGUACCGGGCGAGCGGGCAAAACCGGACUGGCCAUCACGCUCUUCACCGAACACGACAAGGCACAUUCGGGAGAGCUCAUCAACAUACUCAAGGCCGCCGGACAGCAGGUGCCGGAGGAUCUCCUCAAAUUCGGGACAACCGUCAAGAAGAAGACGCAUGGCACGUACGGCGCCUUCUAUAAGGACGUCGACAUGACGAAGAAGGGUACGAAGAUUACAUUUGAUUAA